GAGCUGAGACUACUUUUCGGGGCUCAGGGUGGGAGUUCAGGGUGAGAACUGGGGCCAGGCAUGGAAGUGGGCGAGCAGGGUUUCAGAUGAGUAGUCAGGAGUGAGAUGGUAUUUGGGGCUCAGAAUCCGAGGCUCAAACCCUCAAGAGUAAGGUCUGAAUUGUGGAUAGAUUUGGAGGGCUAAUCCCACGGGGAAGGGUUUGGCGAGCGGGGAUUACUUUGGAUCCGUCUGCGGGAUGUGCGAGGAGGGAACCGGAGCGGGGGCAUCCCCUCGCCUUGGACCGGUUCGGCAGGGAGUCCCCGUGGACCCAGUCCCUCCCGGCCGCUCCGCCUCUCCGGUACCUGCAGCCGCCACCACUUUUCGAAGGUAAAUACCUCGGGGCUCCGGGGGGGAUGGGGGUGGGUGGGCGUGACGUCAGGGCCGCGGGAGCCCGCGCCCCCCCCCCCCGAGACCCCGCCCCCGUCGGGAGCUCACGGAUUUUCCCGCGGUCCUCACCGGGCAUGUGACCCAGUGCCGGUGCCCGGCGGGGAAGCGAAAGCGCCCUGGGAGGUGGUGGCGGCGGAGGACGGGAGGAGCGGUGGCGGCGGGCGCGCCGCCUGACCUGGGGCGGCUGGGCGGGCAUCCCCCAGCGGGGCCCAGCUCGUGUUGCCUUUGCGCGCUCCUUCCCGGCCGCUCCCUCGGCGCGGGGGCGCGCGGCGCGGGGGCGCGGGGGACGGGGGCGCGGGGCCCCGCCUCCGGGACUUUCCCCGCGGCGGUGGCGGUGGGGGGCAGCUGCCGCGAGGCCCGCAGUACCGACCGCGCUGUCGGUUCGGACGGUGGGAGCUCGGGAGGAGGGCGCCGCCAGCUCGCGCCGCACCCCCCACCCUCGCACCCCGACGGCCGCGGCUGCCCGGCGUCCCGGCGGGCCCGGGAGGGAGCAGCUGGACGCGGCGCUGCGGUCCGGCCUGGCCCCCGACAUGGGGGCCGGGCCCCUCGUGCUGCUUGCGGCGCUGGCGCUGCUGCCUCGGCCAGGCGAUGGCAACGAGGGCAGCGUCACUGGCAGUUGUUACUGCGACAAAGCGAUUUCUUCCGGCUCCCCUCCGACGGCGGAGCUCAUGGCCCAUCUUCGAAAACAUCUGCGAGUCUAUCAGCGCUGUAAUUCCUACGUCAGGUUUCAGCUACGAAUGCGGAGCGUGUGUGGCGGCAGCAAGGAUCCGUGGGUUCAACAGUUGAUGAGCUGCUUGGAUCGCAAAGAAUGUGGCUCUGCUGAUUCCAGAAGUGUGGCCCCCCAGGAGCAGUUACCUCCCCUCAGCACCCAGGUUCCUGAGCCCACAGAAAGGGCUCCUUUAGACAUGGGCUCCCCUGCUCAGACAUAUCUGCCACCCACCUGGCGGUCUACAUACCUGCCAACUGCCUUGCAGUCCACCAGGCAGCCCGCGCUUCCAGCAGGGACACUAUCUUUGGACAAAAAGCGCACCCAUACCAGUGAAAUCGCUACAUCUACUGUGGGCCACAGUCUUGGGACUGGGUCUGAGGCUGGGGAGAGCCAGAAGCAGCAGAUUAAAAGAGUGGAGCCUACAGCUGGGACAUCAGCCAUGGUGCCUGUGCUGUCCCUCCUGGGCAUCAUUUUCAUUCUCACUGGAGUCCUCCUAUAUGUUCUUUGCAAGAGGAGGGAGCAGUCACUGCAGCACACUCCAGAUCUGCACCUUCAUUAUACACCCGUGGCAUCAGACUCCAAUGUGUGAGCUAAGAGCGGAAGCCUGUCAGGACAUUGCCCUCAUGCCCUUGCCCCUUACCAUGGUUCCUGGCUUCAGCUUCUCUGCUGAGGAUCCCACUGCUCCCUAGUCCCAGUCUCUCAUCACACACCAGCUGUUCCUCCCCAGCCUCAGGCCUCUCCUGCUUCCUCCUUCCACCCCCAGUGCGGGGGCCUUCCCACCGUUCCUCCUCAGCAGGUGCCAUGCACUUGGGUUUUAUUUCCUCAAUCCCUGUCCAUAUCACCCACAUAUGUUCCAGUGAGAGUCUGAGCUCCUUGCUUUCAUUGCUGUUGUUUUUAUUAUUAAAGCCCCUAGUUCUUG